CGAGCAUGCUCGAUCUACACUUUUAAACGGUCUCUCAAGUUUUAUACUAAUAGAACACAUCCGAUCACAACAUUUUGGGUGAGUCUUGAGGCCUCUUGUAAAGAUGAGCCUUUCUGAAAUCUGUGAAAAUGCAAAAAUGGCACGUGAAUAUGCCCUGCUUGGUAACUACGACACAUCACUAGUGUACUACCAAGGAGUGAUCCAACAGAUACAGAAGCACAUUCAACAACUGAAAGAUGAUGCCAUCAUGAAACAAGAAUGGCACCAGGUUCGUCAAGCAAUUGUCAAAGAGUAUGACCAAGUUAAAGAAAUAAAUCAAACACUGGCAAAUUUCAAGAAGGACACAGUACAUUUUGGAGGGCCUCGGCGAUCCCAUGAAGAGGAGCCUACAAGGGAUCCUGAUGUCUGGCCGCCACCCACUCCAAUAGAAAGAGACAACAGACCCUCCAAGCCAGCUCCUCGACCUGUUGUCAGAAAGAAUGAUGAUUACAAUCCAUCAGUAGGCCGCCCAUCUGCAGCACCAAGCAAGCGCCCUGAUCGAGACCGAGGUGGAGAUAGAGAUCGAGCUGGAGAUAGGGGAGGACGCAAACCAGUUUCUGCACCCAGUGGCAAGCCAUCUCGUGAUGCAAGGCCUGCAGACAGAGGGCGUGCCCAGUCAAAGGGGGACAAGGAUAAGGGAGGUGCCAAGAAAGAACAAAAAGAUGAUGGUAAAGGUGAAGGUGAUGGUGAUGGUGAGAAGAGAUUUGAUGGGAGUGGUUAUGAUAAAGACCUAGUUGAGGCCUUGGAAAGAGACAUUUUACAGAAAAAUCCUAAUGUACACUGGAGUGACAUUGCUGGACUAACUGAAGCUAAAAAGCUGUUGGAGGAGGCUGUGGUACUUCCCCUUCUGAUGCCAGAUUACUUUACUGGUAUUCGCCGUCCCUGGAAGGGUGUAUGCAUGGUUGGACCUCCAGGUACUGGAAAAACGAUGUUGGCAAAGGCUGUAGCUACAGAAUGUGGUACAACAUUCUUCAACGUGACCUCAUCAACUUUAACUUCAAAGUAUCGUGGUGAAUCUGAGAAACUUGUCAGACUACUGUUUGAAAUGGCUCGAUUUUAUGCACCAAGUACAAUUUUUAUCGAUGAGAUUGACUCAAUCUGUAGUAAGCGUGGUUCAGACAGUGAACAUGAGGCCAGCAGACGAGUCAAGUCAGAGCUGCUCAUACAGAUGGAUGGUGUUGGGGGUGGUACUGCAGAGAGUGGUCCUCAGCUAGUCAUGGUUCUGGCUGCCACAAAUUUUCCUUGGGAUCUGGAUGAAGCUCUGCGAAGGAGGCUGGAAAAAAGAAUCUAUAUUCCACUUCCUGAAACUAUCGGUCGCCUUGAGUUGCUGAAGAUCAACUUACGGGGUGUGAACAUGGCUGAAGAUGUAAUUCUGGAGGAGAUCGCGAAAAAGAUGGACGGCUACAGUGGAGCUGAUAUCACAAAUGUUUGCCGGGACGCUUCCAUGAUGGCAAUGAGACGUCGCAUUCGAGGCCUUACUCCGGAACAAAUUAAAAAUUUGCCAAAGGAAGAACUGGAUUUGCCAGUUAACAUGGAAGAUUUUGGUCUUGCUUUGAAUAAAGUGUCUAAGUCCGUGUCCGAUGCAGAUAUCAAGAAAUACGAAGAGUGGAUGAAAGAAUUUGGUUCUACGUGAUGCAACCAUUUAAAAAUUUGUUUGCGGGUUCAUAAACGUCCUGGCAAUAUUGAACGAUAUGGCAGUUGUCUUGUUUGACAAUCUCAGUUCUGUUUUAUCCUUGUAGUCAGUGUGCUAAUGAAUCCGAUGGUUAAAGUGUGAAAUUGUUGAAAUCAGUUCUGCAUUGCUAACGAUUGUGAUAAUGAAAUGUUUAUGAAGUAGACUUCGUUGAAUUGCGA